AUGGACCAGCUGAGGAACCAGAUGUUGGACCAGAUGUUGGACCAUCUAAUGGACCAGAUGUUGGACCAGCUGAUGGACCAGCUGAGGAACCAGAUGUUGGACCAGCUAAUGGACCAGAUGUGGGACCAGAUGUGGGACCAGCUAAUGGACCAGAUGUUGGACCAGAUGUGGGACCAGCUAAUGGACCAGAUGUUGGACCAGGUGAGGGACCAGAUGUUGAACCAGCUGAUGGACCAGCUGAUGGACCAGCUGAUGGACCAGCUAAUGGACCAGAUGUGGGACCAGAUGUUGGACCAGAUGUGGGACCAGAUGUUGGACCAGAUGUGGGACCAGAUGUGGGACUCACCUGGACCAGCGGUGGUUCUGGUCUGGUUCUGGUCUGGUUCUGUUCCGGUUCUGUUCUGCUUCUGGUCUGGUUCUGGUCUGGUUCUAGGCUGGUUCUGUUCCGGUUCUGUCUGUAACCUCAUGUGUCACGAGAAGUGUCUGAAGACUCUGCGGACGGUCUGCAGCUGCAUGACCCCGACUCUGGUCCAGAGACAGAAAAAAAGCUACAAAGAGACACAAAACAACCAGGAAGAUACACAAAACAGCCUCAAAGAGACAGCUGGUCCCACAUCUGGUCCCAAAUCUGGUCCCUUAGCUGGUCCCACAUCUGGUCCCAAAUCUGGUCCCUUAGCUGGUCCCACAUCUGGUCCCAAAUCUGGUCCCUUAGCUGGUCCCACAUCUGGUCCCAAAUCUGGUCCCUUAGCUGGUCCCACAUCU